UUGGUUGGUGAUGCUGCUAAGAAUCAGACUGCCUCUAACCCAACCAACACUAUAGUUUAUAUUUAUGCAAAGAGAUUGAUUGGAAGGAAAUAUAGUGAUUCUAUUAUUCAGAAUGACAUACAAUUAUGGCCAUUUAAAGUACUUGCUGGUUCUGAUGACAAGCCUGAGAUAAUUGUUAAGUAUAAGGGUGAGGAAAAACACCUUUGUGCCGAGGAAAUCUCCUCUAUGGUCCUCAAAAAGAUGCGUGAGAUUGCAGAGAAUUUUUUGGAGUCACCUAUCGAGAAUGUAGUUGUUACCGUGCCUGCAUAUUUCAAUGAUUCUCAACGGAAAGCCACAAAAGAUGCUGGUGCGAUUGCUGGCCUCAAUGUAAUGCGGAUAAUCAAUGAGCCAACUGCCGCUGCUCUUGCAUAUGGCCUUCAGAAGAGAGCUAAUUGUCUUGAAGAGAGAAAUAUUUUCAUCUUUGAUCUUGGUGGUGGAACUUUUGAUGUGUCUCUCCUCACAAUUAAGAAUAAUGUCUUUGUUGUGAAGGCCACUGCCGGAGACACUCAUCUAGGAGGUGAAGACUUAGAUAACAGAAUCGUGAAGUACUUUGUUGACGAGUUCAAGAGGAAGCAUAAUAAGGACAUUAGUGGGAACCCAAAGGCUCUUAGAAGGUUAAGAACGGCUUGCGAGAGGGCAAAAAGGACACUUUCAUUUGAUAUUGAGGCCGCGAUUGACAUAGAUGCUCUGUAUGAGGGUAUUGAUUUUAAUUCUUCAGUCACUCGGGCCAAAUUUGAGCAACUCAAUAUGGACCUAUUUGAAAAGUGUAUGGAGACUGUUGAGAGCUGUCUUACUGAUGCUAAGAUGAACAAGAGUAGUGUAGAUGAUGUUGUUCUCAUCGGUGGUUCUUCGAGGAUUCCCAAAGUGCAAGAGCUAUUGCAACACUUUUUCAAUUGGAAGGACCUUUGUGUGAGCAUAAAUCCUGACGAGGCUGUUGCUUAUGGUGCAGCAGUUAAAGCUGCUUUGCUUUGUGAAGGGACUAAGAGUUCUCUAGACUUGGUUUUGCAAGAUGUUACCCCAUUGUCCCUAGGUAAGUCAAUAAGGGGAGAUGUGAUGGAUAUAGUGAUUCCUAGAAAUACCCCCAUUCCUGUCAAGAAGACAAAAAACUAUGUUACAAUUGAAGACAACCAAUCCGUUAUAUCUGUUAGGGUUUAUGAGGGUGAGAGAUUGAAAGCUAAUGAGAACAACUUGUUAGGUUUGUUUGACUUCGCAAUUCCUCCAGCUCCUCGAGGCCAUAUUCCUAUGAAGGUAUGUUUUUCUGUAGAUGUUGAUGGUAUAUUAAAUGUCUCUGCUAAAGAAGAUACCUGUGGGAAUAAGCAAGAUAUUACAAUAAAGAAUGAAAAUGGAAGUUUAUCAACUGAUGAAAUUGAGAGAAUGAUCCAAGAGGCAGAGAAUUUCAAGGCUGAAGACAUGAAGUUUAUGAAGAAAGUUAAAGCAAUGAAUGCUUUGGACGAUUAUCUUUACAACAUGAGGAAAGUAAUGAAAGAUGAUAGUGUUACUUCAAUGCUCAACCCAAUAGACAAAAUAAAGAUCAAUUCUGCUAUGAUGAAGGGGAAAAGGUUGAUUGAUGGUAACAAGCACAAAGAAACAUUUGUAUUUGUGGACUUUCUGAUGGAGCUUGAGAGCAUCUUUGAAUCUGUUUUAAACAAGAUCCAAAUUGGUUGCUCUGAUGAGGAAAGUGAUUCUGAUUCUUAG